UUUUUUCUUUUUUUUUCCGUAGAAAAUUAUGAGGGCCUCUAGACUUCGCCUUCGUCUCAUGAUGCUACUGUCCUCACUGCUUGCUUUGGCAGUUUUCAAAGCUACCUUCAUAUCCUGUCGAUUCUCUUUCAAGUACACGGAAAGGCGCAGUCAGCCCAGGCCUAGACAUGAACUCGAAAUUUCACCACCCGCGAUGAAGUCGGUGACGGCUUUUGAAGCUUUUACCAGACGUUUGGUCUCUUACCCGAACGACCCCAGGUACUCUCCAGCUGCACUUAAGAAGAGGGCUUUAUCUUUCUCUAAUACCUCUGACCUAGCGGCGUUCUUAGUGGAGCAGGACCGCAGGAAGCAUCAACUUGCCGAAGUAUGCCAAGAAAACAGAGGGCCACCCAGCAAUGAUCACCCUCUGUUUCUUGUACAUGACAGGAGAAAUUCCUUGACGUACUGCCCUAUCUACAAAGCCGCCAGCACCUCAUGGUCCAUCCUGCUGCUGCAGAUGGCUGGGGUUACGAAGAGUGAGGAAGAAAACUUGCAAGUUCUUCUUGAAGAGGUUUUCCCAAGGAAAUUAAGGACAACUGAGUACAAGAGAACACGUAAUACAACGAAAUUCGUAGUCGUUCGCCACCCCCUCGACCGCCUGGCUUCCACCUACCGAGACAAAUACCAGAAUGCAAGCAAGCCUUGGUAUUACAUUAAUUAUGGGCAAGAAAUGGUGAGGAUGUUUAGAUCCUUUCCUGAGCGUCUGACCAAAGCUGAGGUGUUAGGGCUUCAGUACCAGGUGGCUGCGAAGAUCCAGGCGGGGCAUCCGGUGACCCUCUCCGGCAACCCGUUCACAAACCCGCUCGGCCCCACCUUCAGGGAGUUCGUGCUCUUCGUCGUCGCCUCGAAGCACGCCGACCCGCACUGGAUGGAGUUCCACAGGCAGUGCGCAGUUUGCAACUUUGAUUAUGACUUUAUUAUCAAGUUUGAGAACCUACGCGGUGAGUCCGAGCAGUUCCUGGAUUACUUGAACCGCGGCUCGGACUUCAUUUUGCAGAGAAGAAACUCGCGGCGGAAGCCCAGCGGCUCGUCCGCCGACCCUGGCUGUUCCCUCUUCAGCCAGAUUUCAGCUCGUCUCAUCAGGAGGCUUGUUGCGAAAUACGAAAAGGACUUUAAACUAUUUGAAUACAGUCCAGAUGAGUAUUAUAAAUGUGCUUCGGAUUAUAAGCUCUAAUGAGAAUCACCAACAAGUUGUGUACACGCAUACACACAAGCGCGCGCGCGCGGACACACACAUAUGUGUGUGUCUGUGUGUAUGUAUUUAUGUAUGUGCACACACACACACACACACACACACACACACACACACACACACACACACACACACAUCACACUGUACUGUAUAUAUAUAUAUAUGUGACUGGCGCGAUGCUCUAAUCCUUACGGUCGCGGGUUGAAAUCCCCGCCGCGGCAGUUGGAGACAGCCUUCGCUCCGCGGCUGUUAAGCCUUGAGAGAUGAAGGUGCUCGACCGCGUGCGUCAAAGAAAAGCUGCCAGAUAGCCCUAGCUGUGAACUGAAAGUGGCUGAGGUAUUGCAGUGGAAUGAAUGGCUGUGGAAUAGCGAUAAUAAUGAUAGUAAUGAAUAUGAUUAUA